AUCCAUCUCUUCAUCGUCCUUGCAUCAACCAAACAGGCCGCCACGUCUGGAUGGUCGAAGACAUCCCUUAGCGUUGUCCUAAACAGCCAGCGACUUAUGCGCAUUCUUCACCAUGCCACCAGCUGUCGGGCACUUUGUGCCGACCGUUGAGCGUAUCGACCUCGGUCGACCUCGAGGUGGUCGCCCACCCAAACAGCCGCCUAGUGAAGAGGAGGCACGCGCACCGAAGCAACCGGGAACAACUCAAGACUCGGUUCCCCUGUACACAGUUGGCGGUCAAUCCACCACAGCACUGGGAGUCCUGAACCGGCGGUGGUAUUGGAACUGGCCCGUCAAUGUUGAACUCAGAUCAAGUCCCCAACGAGGUUGAGCUUCCUCAGGUCAUUCAAGUCGGAUCAAGUGAUCAUGUGGGACACUCCAAGGCGUAUUCAUUGCCGGUCUUGAUCGCCUCCGCGAGCCAGUACAUUCAUGACACCCCCGACAUUUACGAACCAGAUGUCAUCGCUGAGCUAGUCGCACAAGAGAUUGCAAGCAGCUAUCCCGACCUCACAAAUGAGGCAUUCAACGCGCGUGUCGGCGGUAGAGUGCUGGGGCUGGUACAGAGCACCGCUAUUCGCAAGUCGCCGAUCAUGCUUCUGAGUCCCAGCGGAGAAGUGGGACAGCUGCUGACGGGGAAGAAGUCUGGCCUCCAACAACUUACAAGCCACAUUGCGUACGCCUUCCCAACGCCUAUUCUCCAGAUCAGCUGCUCGACCUUGCCAUCCCCUCAUCGCCUGGACGGGUCCGCCACUGCCUUGGCGGUCCGGCUCGCGGACGCUACACACAUGUUGAGCGUGACUCCAAACACGGCCUCCGUCUCUCCGACGCAUGACUUGCCUGUCACGAUCGCGUCGAUUGGCGAGUUGCCCAAGUCUUUGACUGAAGGCCGCCGCCAUGUUGACAUUGCUCUGGAUCCAUUAUCGUGGGGUAAAGCUGCAGUGGUCGAUGAAGCAGGUGGUGUCUGGCUCUGGACUGAGGGGAGGGAGACUAUCAAUGGCCGAACCCAAAGGGUCUACAAGGUGGUGAAGCUACGCGGUCCAGUGGAAGCAGGCGAUGAUGGCUUCUUUCGCGUAGCGUUUGGCGCUCGAGCUGGGACCCUUCUCGUUCUGUCGCGGCGAUCAUUGGAUGUCAUGGAUUUGGAAAGUGAGGCUUCUCUCCCUCGGGUAUCGAAUAUCAUGACUCUAAGUGAAAAAUCACAACUAUUCACAUCGAUCGACAAAUCUGUCGCCCUCCGAGGAGCUGCCUUCACGUGCGUGGCGACCACCAGAGAAGUCAUCUGGAUAGACGAGCACCAAGUCGGGCCACCUAUCUUUCGCUGGAUUCACGACUAUGGAGCCAACAAAGUCAAGGACCUCGAAAUCACCGUUUACUCGACCAACCUCGACGAUAGUGACAACGGUCCAUCAUCUUGGGAGACAAUAAUUCUCUCAUCACCGUCAUCAGACCUCACCGAGGCCCUACGCGUGACUACGUGGCCGGCGGUGACAGUGGCCACAAAGCCCUGGUUGAUUCAUGGCCUCACUCCUCAAGGCAGCCCACUGCGUGAUUUGAUCGUUUUGCCUCUACCCGGGUCGCCUUUGGUUGCAUUGGGGAAAAACGGCAGUAUGACUGCCGCACGCAUGUUCCCGUCAACUGCGUCACCCUACAAUGGCUUCAAUGUGGCGACGAGGCUGGAUAAUCCUAGCAUCCCUGCCACUGCACGACUCCCCGCCCCUUAUCAGGAAGAGGAUGAUUCCGAUGAUAACGAUGGGCUUCUGCCGGGCUCUUGGAUCGAGAAGGCCGACACUAGGUGCAAAGUACUGCAGGGGCGUUGGGCGUGGUCGGAAAUCAAUGAGCCCACUAAGCCUGAAGCAGUCCUGGAUCUGGUGGAUUUUCAAAAGUAUAUACGGGAGUUUGAAGCUCCGCCAGAGCACAUGUUGACGGCAGGAGAGCUGGCUCGCGGUCUCAACUUGGACUCGGCUCCUGCCACACGUUCCCCACUACUGCCCAAACUCGGGGACGUCUCUCGUGACACGCUGUCAAAGCUGAACGACAUCGACUACGCCGGUACCUUCCAUUCGGUUUGGGCUGCACACUCUGGAACCGGCGUGCGGGACGCCACGGACGAGUUGAUGUUGAUACGGCCGCCUUUCCAAAAACAAGCCUAUCAUGAGGAGUCUCUGCGUCUGCUGGCAGACCUUUCGCUUUCGAGAAUCGUUCUAUCAAUGGACAAUGUCGUCCAAAGGGCCGUUGAAAGGGCGACACCUGACGACCUGUUUGCAGAAGCUGCAGGUCAACUCAGUCUUCAAGAGCGACGGCCAGACCCUCCAGAGUUUGGAGUACUGAAGCCCAAACGUCCGCUUUCAAGCGCCGCAGGACUUGACUUCCAUGAUGUCAAUCAAUUCCUGCAGCAGUGGCAUACCGGCAACGAUCCGCACGCAUUCACUUGGAGCAUGCCGCAGACGUGGUCAUCACAUUCCAGUCAAGCUCCCGUAUCCCAACAGCAACGCAGACCAAUUCGACCCCUGCCUUCUGUGCGAGCACCGCAGCUGCUGCCUGCCUCUGUGGCGCCCGUUCUCCUCCCACAGCCACCAAUGGAGAGCACAUUCUUCAGGACAACUGGAGUGCCUCCCGUUGCCCUCCAUUCGUCUCCCCCGAGGCCCUUACCGGUAUCGCAGCCCUCUGCUUCUCAGGCGUCUUUCGACCCUUACCCACAGACGCAAACCGAACGUGGUCCAUUUGGGGAUCGACCGGAAGCCGUGGCGAGAACUGCUAGGAAGAAGGCGACGAAGAAGAGGCUCGGAGGAUUCUAAACGAUGUUGUAACAGCCUAUGCAUUCACAGUU